GGGCCCUGCGGCGCGGCCCCUUUAAGGCUUGGCCUACGUGGCAGCCGCUGGAGCAGCGGACGGGGAGCGAGGCCGGCCGCCGGGCACUUCCUGUGGAGGCCGCAGCGGGCGCGGGCGCCGACGGGCCGAGCGCCGAGGGAGCGAGCGAGCGAGCGAGCCGAGCCUCCCGCCGCCGCCAUGGGCCAGAACGACCUGAUGGGCACGGCCGAGGACUUCGCCGACCAGUUCCUGCGCGUCACCAAGCAGUACCUGCCGCACGUGGCUCGCCUGUGCCUGAUCAGCACUUUCCUGGAGGAUGGCAUCCGCAUGUGGUUCCAGUGGAGCGAGCAGCGCGACUACAUCGACACCACCUGGAACUGCGGCUACCUGCUGGCCUCCUCCUUCGUGUUCCUCAACCUGCUGGGACAGCUGACUGGCUGCAUCCUGGUGCUGAGCAGGAACUUCGUGCAGUACGCCUGCUUUGGCCUCUUCGGGAUCAUAGCGCUGCAGACGAUUGCCUACAGCAUUUUGUGGGACUUGAAGUUUCUGAUGAGGAACCUGGCCCUGGGAGGCGGCUUGCUGCUGCUCCUGGCGGAGUCGCGUUCCGAAGGGAAGAGCAUGUUCGCGGGCGUGCCCACCAUGCGCGAGAGCUCCCCCAAGCAGUACAUGCAGCUGGGGGGCAGGGUCUUGCUGGUCCUGAUGUUCAUGACGCUGCUUCACUUUGAUGCCAGCUUCUUCUCGAUUCUCCAGAACAUCGUGGGCACAGCUCUGAUGAUUUUAGUGGCCAUUGGUUUUAAAACCAAGCUGGCUGCUUUGACUCUUGUGGUCUGGCUGUUCGCGAUCAACGUGUACUUCAACGCCUUCUGGACCAUUCCUGUCUACAAGCCCAUGCACGACUUCCUGAAGUACGACUUCUUCCAGACCAUGUCGGUGAUCGGCGGCUUGCUCCUGGUGGUGGCCCUGGGCCCCGGGGGCGUGUCCAUGGACGAGAAGAAGAAGGAGUGGUAACAGACCCCCUCCCUGCCUGGCUGGGACCCGUGGCCGUCGGACUGGUCCAGGGUGGAUUCGGCGUACCUGCCGGUGUUCGUCCCCUCCUCCCCCUCCCCUGGGUAAAGGCACAGAUGUUGUGAGAACUUUAUUUGCAGACACCUGAUAAGCGAUGGCUAAAUCUGCUCUGGACCCACGACCUGGCAUCUGACCACUCGGAGCUGCUGGUCCUCGGUCAGCGCCUCCCUCCCCAGGGCAGAGCUGCAGCCUCCAGGAGCGAGUGGCUGCUUGGCUGGGGCCUCUCAGUCCUGUUUUUGUUUCUUUCUCGGGGUGGAGGACCUUCAAGCUGUACUGUGAGCAGAUACACUUGUGUAUCAUUCAAAGCAGUCUCCCUCUUAUUAUUUUUUAAAAGUUUACGUUUUUAGCUAAAACUACUCAAUGAUUUGGGAUGGCCCAGCCAAACAACACACUGGUUCAGAAUCACACCGGUGGCUUCCACGUUGUUUCUGCCCUGCAUUCUGAUACUUUAUAGGGACAGUGAGGACAUUUAGGAAACCCCCAAACCCAAAGAAUGAGGCAGUAUUAGAGGGUGACCGAGGCUGCUCUUAACGGUAACCGGUAUUGAUCAGAAAAUUGGCUCCGAUUGGUGGUCUUUAUGGGUGAUACUCUGGGAGCAGUAGUGGCUCAAGGGGGGACGGUGACCCUGGGGAAGCCGCCUGGAGCCCACGGGGACCCGCCGCCCUGGCCCGGCAGCAUGUCUGCACGUGGGCCUCGACUCCCGUGGGACCAGCCUGGGAGCAGCUGUCACCGAGGGGCCGGGCGGGCCCUCAGACCAGUUACCUCACGCUGACCUUGUCCCAGAGCCACGGCUGCAGCUGGGCCGGUGCUGCCCGGCCGUCUCCCCCGCGGGGCUCCCCGAGGCCGCGCAGCCACCUCUCCCCAUUUUCGCCAGGCUCCUGCUUGCUCAGAUUGCAUAUUUGCUAUGCUGAAUGCAGCCCAAAUUACUUUUUACGAUUUGUGAUGCCUUACCGAUUGGAUCUCGAUCCUGUAUUUAAAGUUUUCUAACAUUGCCUUACACUGUGUUUCUCUUCUUGGGGGGGGUGGGCGCUGCUGUCCGCUCCUCUGCCUCGUAGCGGGUGCCACGAGCAGGGGGAACACGUGCCUCCCACUGUCCUCUCCCGGGUCCCUCUGGGGGUCAGGCCGACCUGGCGAGGCCGGCCCCACUCGGAAUGAGGCCCGCCUUGGAGCGCCCGUACCCUCUCUGGUCUGUCAGCUGGGGCGCAAGCCCGAGGGCCCCCACCCUGGGGCUAAUGGGCUGGGCCUGAGCCAGGCCCCACGUCUGCCUUGCAGACCAGCGGUGCGGUGGGGAGCGCCGCCACCCCUGCCCAGGGCGGCUCACGGGGCGGGGGAGGCCAGCUCUUGCCCCCUAGUGCUCUUAGAGCCUCCCUGGCUCUGCAGCCGGGACCCAAAUGAGGUCAGGGGAGUGAUGGCCACCUGGCCAGCACCCACCGGUGCCCUAGCCCCUGUGGAGGCCUGCCCCAGGAUGCUCCUACCCCCCCAGGCCUGCGUGUUGACUUCCCCCCAGUCACUGGGGUGCUCCCACACAAGGGGUGGUCUCAACCUGGGUGGGUGGGGGUCUCUUCCUCCUUCCCACAGCACCACAGCCCCAGUGAGCGCCCCCUCAGCCAGGUCGCAGCUACUGCGUGGCUCUGUUUUUGGUGUAGCUCCCUCCCCCCAGGCCACCCUCACGUGGGGGGGUUGUUCCUGCCCCCCACCCCCACCGAGCUCAGGGGGCUAGUGCAUAGUGGGGGAGUACACGCCUCUGCUGGGAGGCGGGAGAGCCAGGAUCCACCAAUUGGUUUUGGCAAACCAAUUUCUGAAAAAGUUUUGGCUUUAUGUGGGAAAUAGAUAUGAAUCUCAUUUUAUGCUGUAUUUUAUAUCUUAGUUGUGUUUGAAAACAUUUUGAUUUUUGGAGACACGACAAAAUAAUAAAUAAUGGCAUUUGUUG